AUGCAGCCAUCCUAUAUGUUGAAAAUGAAAACAUCAGAAAUAAAUACGAUUGCCUUUGCACAUGAUUCCACACGUGUGAUCCAGUGUUACAUUCAGUAUGGUAAUGAAGAGCAGAGAAAACAGGCUUUUGAAGAACUGCGAGGUGACUUGGUUGAAUUAAGUAAAGCCAAAUAUUCCAGAAAUAUUGUUAAGAAAUUUCUCAUGUAUGGAAGUAAGCCGCAGAUUGCAGAGAUCAUCAAAAGUUUCAAAGGUCACGUGAAGAGGCUGCUGCGGCACACAGAGGCCUCCGCCAUCGUGGAGUAUGCCUACAAUGACAAAGCCAUUUUGGAGCAGAGGGGCAUGCUGACAGCGGAGCUCUAUGGGAACACUUUUCAGCUUUAUAAGUCUGCAGAUCACCCAACACUGGAAAAAGUGUUAGAGGCACAGCCAGGAAAACUAGAACUUAUUAUGGAUGAAAUGAAACAGAUUCUAACUCCAAUGGCCCAAAAGGAAGCUGUGAUUAAACACUCCUUGGUCCAUAAAGUAUUUUUGGACUUUUUUACCUAUGCACCUCCAAAACUCAGAUCAGAGCUGAUUGAAGCCAUCCGUGAAGCCGUGAUAUACCUUGCACACACACAUGAUGGCGCCAGAGUGGCUAUGCACUGCCUGUGGCACGGAACGCCUAAGGACAGAAAAGUGAUUGUGAAAACAAUGAAGACUUAUAUUGAAAAAGUGGCAAAUGGCCAGUACUCUCACUUGGUGUUGUUGGCAGCAUUUGAUUGUAUUGAUGAUACUAAGCUUGUAAAGCAGAUAAUCAUAUCCGAAAUUAUUAGUUCUUUGCCUAACAUAAUAAACGAUAAAUAUGGAAGAAAGGUCCUGUUGUAUUUACUGAGUCCCAGAGAUCCUGCCCAUACGGUCCGAGAAAUCAUUGAAGUUCUGCAAAAAGGAGAUGGCAAUGCCCACAGUAAGAAAGAUACAGAGGUACGCCGCCGAGAGCUCCUGGAAUCCAUUUCCCCAGCUUUGUUAAGCUACCUGCAAGGACAUGCCCACGAGGUGGUGCUGGAUAAGUCUGCCUGUGUGCUGGUGUCUGACAUUCUGGGAUCUGCCAUUGGCGACGCUCAGCCUGCCAUGAAUGCCAUCGCCAGCUUGGCAGCAGCAGAGCUACAUCCAGGAGGCAAGGAUGGCGAGCUUCAUGUUGCUGAGCAUCCUGCGGGACAUCUAGUUCUGAAGUGGUUAAUAGAGCAAGAUAAAAAGAUGAAAGAAAAUGGGAGAGAAGGUUGCUUUGCAAAAACACUUGUAGAACAUGUUGGUAUAAAGAACCUGAAGUCCUGGGCUAGUGUGAAUCGAGGUGCCAUUGUUCUUUCUAGUCUCCUACAGGGUUCUGACCAAGAGGUUGCAAAUAAAGUCAAAGCUGGACUGAAAUGCUUGAUUCCCACACUGGAAAAAAACAAAAACAGCAGCAAAGGAGUAGAGACUCUGCUUGAGAAACUGGCUGCCUAGAUGGAACCAGUUCAGAGCAAGAUGGAACCAAUUUUGUUGUUCGCUGGUUCUCUGUUCUGCUUUCCCAGUACAAAAAAAGGGGCUACAAGUGUUUCUUCUUUAUAUAUGAAUCUAUUUAUAAAAAUGGUUUGUAAAGAUGGUC